CAAACAAAACCCAAAAAAAAUAGGGCGCUUCGCGUUCCUGGUAUUAUCACAGUAAUCACCUGAGCAGCAGCAUCAGUAACGAGGGCAGCUGACAAACCAUGGAGAAUGGGGAAUCGAUCGAGGAGGACGUCGAUAGCGCGACGGAAGUGUUCGACGAAAGUACGUUGAGUAUUAAAACUUCGGCCUGUGGUUCUGUGGUCACUCCAGCCGUUUGGAAACGUUUUCACCGUCGCCAACGGUAUAAUGAUACCGUGCCACUUCAUUUCGAAAUCAUUCACGCACGUAUCCUGCCCGCCGUUGCCACCACGGAGCUUACGGCCGAUGCAUCUGGUGGUGCGGGGGGUAAUAAUGCCGUGAAAAAGUACGUCGUGUACGUGGUGAAUGUGCGGGAGGAUGGUCAUCCACGAGAUCCGCGUCCAACCAGUAUCGACCGUCGGUACACGCACUUCCUCAAGCUGUACGAAGGACUUCGCAAGGACCAUCCGACGCUCGUUCAGGGUGUCGCUUUCCCGAAGAAGGUGCUAAUGGGCAACUUCACUCCCGAGCUGAUUGGAGAGCGGAGCGGCGCUUUCGAGCUGUUCCUGGACCAUAUCAUGAGCGUGCCUUUGCUGCGCGAGUCGGAGCAUUUUCUAGAGUUUUUACAGCAUGACGAGCUGACGAGGGCGUGUCAAUUAUUGGACGAACGGCGUAACGAACAGGCAGUGCCGUUGCUAGAGAACUCCUUCCGUCUGCUGAACAAACUAUUUCUCGAUAAGUCCAAGGCUGUGCUAUUGCUGCUCUGUCGGUUGGUGGUUGCCUGCACCAGCUCACCCAUUCCUCAUGCGGCGGCUGAGCAGUGGGCCGAAUUGGCCUUGCGACGAUUUGAACACGUGUGUGAUACGGAGCUGCUGGUGCUAUACAUACCGCUGCUGCAAACCUGCCUUCAUCUGUGGUGGCAACGUGGCCGUGAUCGUACCCUGUUGGAGGAGCGCCUCAACGAGAUGGGCAAGAAGGGCAUCAAGGUGAAGGGCGGGCCAACGUUGGGCCAAGCUAUUCACGCUCUCGAUCCGCGUGCAGAAACCAUCUGAAAAUCCCCAAAGCCGAGCCAGAGCAGUGUCCCUAAAGAACUGUUUGUAACUGAUCAUCACAUGUUAUUUUAUAUUACCUUUAAGCAAUUCUGUCAAUUACGGUUGUUUUUCAGCUAGCCUGUUUUGGUGUAAAUUAAAUUUAGGAGAUUUUUUUUAUCUUAUCAGUAGCUCAUAGCGAGGAAACCGUUCGGUUAUUGUCUAGCGAUGCUAAAGCAUUUCAUGCCAUACACCGCGCCAACGCGCCAUCGCGCCAUUAAGAAUUACUAGAAUAAAUUGGCUUUUUAUUAUCUCAAA